AUGAAGCCAUUCGACAGUGGCCAUGAAGACCUAGUUCACGAUGUUGCUUAUGACUUCUUUGGUAGACAUGUAGCGACCUGCUCGUCCGACCAGCACGUUAAAGUGUUCAAGCUAGAUAAGGAGAGCGACGCAUGGCAGUUGAGCGACUCCUGGAGGGCCCACGACAGCAGUAUUGUCUCCCUUGACUGGGCCAGCCCAGAGUAUGGGCGUAUCAUUGCCACUGCAUCCUACGACAGAACGAUCAAGCUGUGGGAAGAAGAUCCGGACCAGGAGGAGUGUUCUGGUCGUCGCUGGACCAAGCUGAGCACGCUAAACGAUUCCAAAGGCUCACUGUAUGAUGUCAAAUUUGCACCAGCGCAUCUGGGACUGAGACUCGCGUGUAUCGGUAACGACGGGACUCUGAGGGUGUACGACGCCCUGGAGCCCUCGGAUUUGCGAUCCUGGACGCUCACUUCCGAGGUCCAGGUGCUUUCCGUGUCACCAGCAAGCCAUCUGCAGUCGGACUUCUGUCUCUCGUGGUGCCCUUCCAGGUUCUCGCCUGAGAAACUGGUCCUCUGUGUGCUGGACCAGGCGCUCAUCUACCAGAGAGGGAAGGACAACAAGCUGCACGUAGCCGGGAAGUUGGAAGGCCAUGGCGGGCUGAUCAGAAGCGUCAGCUGGGCUCCGUCCAUCGGCAGAUGGUACCAAUUGAUCGCUACAGGCUGCAAGGAUGGCAAAGUACGCAUCUUCAAAGUCAUCGAGACGUCGUCAUCAGCUAACACUACAGCUUCGUCAGUCUCUGGAGAUGCUGCAGAAAGCGGCGGCCAGACGAACCCGGAUGCUCCCAGCGACGGCACAGACGCCGGGAAUAUGCCCUGCCCGCCGUUACGAAUAGAGUUGAUAAGCGAACACGACGACCACAAGGGUGAAGUCUGGUCGGUGUCCUGGAAUCUCACCGGCACUGUGCUGAGCAGCGCUGGCGACGACGGCAAGAUUCGCCUCUGGCGUUCUACGUACUCGAACGAGUUCAGAUGUAUGUCUGUAAUUAGUGCCCAGCAACGGCAGUCAUAG